AUGUUUACAACUCUUCUUGCGGCCGUGGCUAUUGCUGCCAGUCAUGUUGCACACGCUUCUACCUCUGCAACUCCUAGCCUCCUCCUUUUCUCCAAGACGGCUGGCUAUCGUCAUGCAAGGCAUCUCGUGAGCUCCAUUGCCAAUGAGAAGGGUUGGUCAGUCGCGGCGACAGAAGACUCUGCCAUCUUCACCAACGGGAGCCUGUCCGCCUACAGCACUCUGGUCUUCAUCUCCACGACCGGCAACUACCUGUCAACUAAUGAGUCGGAUGCUCUCAACGAUUUCCUGCUUAACGGUGGCUCUUGGCUAGGCAUUCACGCCGCCGGUGAUUUUGGAGACGAUAUGCCUAACUGGUUCACCAAGCUUGUUGGUGCACAGUUCCGAUCCCACCCUUGUGAGACAGACGACAUUUGUGACGACGCGCAGAAAGAGCGAUAUCCUCCUAAUGGCAACAUUCGCCCAGACAUCGUCACAAUUCUCGACUUUGACCAUCCCUCGACCUCUGGUCUUCCAGAGAGCCACAACCGGACGGACGAGUGGUAUGCAUACAAGACUAAUCCUGCCGAUGAUUCUGCAUACAAAGUUCUCGCAAAGGUGGAAGAGACAUACAUCGACGAGAUCACGCUAUCUCCAGAGCUUCAGCACAUGCCUCCCAUGCACUCUAUUUCGUGGUACUCUAUGUACGAGGGCGUGGCUAGGGCGUUCUACACUGGUAUGGGACACACUAAUGAGUCUUAUUCUGAGGAGUACUUCGUUAAGCAUGUCACUGGAGGGUUGGAGUGGGUCACCGGCACUUCAAAUUAG